AUGUCCUUCAUCUCACCCAACGCCCCGGCCGACGUCUGGAUGUCCGACGCCGAGAUCCUUGAAGCCCAACGUCCCAAACUCUUCAUCAACGGCAUCCAACACGACCUAGAUGACCCAAACUACGGUCCCCUCCGCACCACAAGCGCAUACUACUCCACCCGCCAAGCUCCAAUCGAGCUCUUCGUAGCCGUCAACCGCUCCACCUAA